AGGUUUGCGACUGUUUGCCCGAAACAGUCGACGAAAUCCGGUGCUCGCGAGCGGUUGUAAUUAACGGUAAAGCUAUAGUUGUUUCGACGCAAUAUUGCGCGCGUAACGGGAAAAAUACGGAGCCGUAAAAGCGCAACAGCGCCUUUGAAAUAGCGUUAAUGAAAAGUAGUAAACACAGUGCUAAAUGAAAGAUAAUGAGACGCAGUCGACAGGACCCAAGAAGACGAUGUUGAUUGAGUGCAUUUCACGUGACAUUCCCUGAGAGUCAGCUUCAGAAAUCGCUAGAAAGCUGAAGUAAAGCUCAAGUGACGAGCUCGACUGCAUAGCUCUGUACAUACAUAUAUAGUAACAUAUUUAAAGCAACCAAGCAAUCCAUCGAUCGGUUGAGAGGCGUGGCAAAUGAACUUCAAUCCGGCCAGCGUGGUAGCCGCCGCAGCAGCAGCCGCACAUCAGACGUCCCAUCUGCACCAUCAUCAUCACCACCACCAUCCGUAUUUAAGCCACCCGCAAUUGCAGAACCACCAAAACGUCACCCGGCCACAAGCACAGCAACAACAGCUGAUUCCACUGCCCGUCGGCGUAGGAGGAAGUUUACCAGUGGGUGGUGGCACUGGCAGUGGUGGCGGCGGCGGCGGCGAUACAUCGCCCAAAAUCAUGGAGUGGACCAACGACGAUGCUCUGGAGCUGAUUGAGCAGUAUCGCUGCCAUACAGAGCUCUGGAAUCGCGCCGAUCCCAAGUAUAAGGAUAAACUAUGCCGAUUCCGGGCGUGGUCGGAAAUAGCCGAGCGUUUUGGUUGCAGCAAGGCGGAGGUUGAGCGGAAGAUGAACGUGCUCCUCACGCAGUAUCGCCGCGAGAAGCACAAAAUGUUCGUGAAGAUAUACCAGGGCAUCCAGCCCAAUCCGUCCAAGUGGUAUGCCUUCAAGCGAUUCGAUUUCAUGGAGGCGGGCGGCGGAAGCCUAAGCGGCGGUGGAUCCGCUGGCUCCGGUGUUAAUGCUCCCAGCGGCAACCUGGUGCCGAAUCCCGUUUCCUCAUCCGCAGCGGCUGCAGCCCACAACGGGCUGAACGGACUGGCUGCCGCGGCAGCGGCCUACGAGAGCGGUACGAUUGCAGCGGCGGGCAACGGAGGAGCACCACCCACUGUGCCAGGUGGCGGAGCACCUGGCUCUCAGACCGUCAUGCAGCACAGACGCAUCAAGACCAAAGAGCUGAAAUAUUUCGGAGCGAUGGGCCUGAACAUACCCAUGUUGAUAGCGAGCAGCCAGACGCUGGACAGUUGGAAUACAGCGGGUCAGUACUCGCCGCCGAUAUCGGGCUCCGGCGGCGGUGGCUCGGAGCGAGGAGGAAGUGGUGGAGGUGGUGGCGGAGGUGGCGGAGUGCCGCCACAGCAACUGCGAGUUCCCCUGCCCAUGAGCUAUCAUGGCGGACCUGGUGGUGGCAGCAGCAGUAGUGAUUUCCAGCAGAGUCCUCUGAAGACCAUGGACACCUCGGACAAUGAGGACAACAACAAUACCAAGGAGGACGUGGCGGCGGCCGCGGCACUGGGACAACUGGCUGCCAAGGUCGAGCUGCGAUCUCCGGCGGGCGGAGGUCCUGGCGGCGGCGGGUCGAGUAGUAGGGACGCCAAUGAUCUGGCCAGCGAUCCCAUCAAGUCCGACCGCACUCUAAGCGAAGCUGGCAGCAGUCCCAUACCGAAUACCAACAUGCACGAGGCGCACAAGAAUCACCUGCUUAACAGUCCCGCCGGCGGAAGGGCGGUCACGCCAAGGCAGGCGCAUGAGCAGCUGCACCACCAUCCGCACACGCAGCACCACCUGCAACAGCAGCAGCAACAGCUGCAGCAGCAGCAGCAACAGCAGCAGUUGCAACAGCAACAGCAGCAACUGCAACAGCAUCAGCAGCAGCAGCAGUUGCAUCACGGCCACGACGAAUUGGACAUCAAGCAGGAGUUGGUGGACUAUUUCCAUGGCCAAGCGGCUGGUGGUGGCGGUGGUGGUGUUGUCGGACCUGCACCACCGCCACCACCCGAAUCGCAUCGUUCCUAUAGCUCAGCGGGCGAGGAGAGUCGCCUUCAGUUGGCGGACAUGGCCCAGGACCUGAGAGUCGCCCAGGCGAAGGCCAAUUUCGGUGCUUUCAUCCUGCCACCCAGAGGCAGUGACGCCAGCACAACCGCCAUGCCCUUAAAUAUGCGAAAGCUUACCGGUGCCGGCAGUGCGGGGCAUAUGCUAAUGAAUUCUCUGCUGGGCUCCAGGGAGAGCAUGUCGGACGGCGAGGAACCCGAUCCGGAUAACGAUGAGGCCACCGAAUCGGCCGCCAGUCCGGGGCACAUAAAGAGCAGUGUUUCUGCCCAGGCGGCCGUUGCAGCGUCCGCCUUUUACGCAGAGUCCCUGAAUCGGGAUGAUUGCGAUUUCAUUGGCUCGAACGUGUCCCUCAAACUGCGAGCCAUGGACCGCACGCAGCGGAUCAUUGCGGAGAAGCUGAUCAGCGAAGUCUUGUACUACGGGCAAUUCAACGAGCUGGAACGCUCUGCCCGGAUACAGCCCAAGUGACAGUGGCGCCCCAAGAAGUGGACGGCAGCAAUGGGGAACGGAAGUAGUGGGGCCGUGGGUCUGGGCCUGGGCAUCGGUGUGGGUUUGAGCAGGAUCAGGCUGGGCAGGAGCCUCCUCGCCCCGCAGCAUGGCAAGUGAAUUCCAUUUGAAAUAGUCAACAGAGAGGGUAGGCAAAUACAGAAACCAA